AUGAACCCGAUCUCGUCAACAGUCGAGUACUGGCUGGUCCGCCACCCGGCAAUCCACAACUUCAGGUGGGAGCAAGGCCGGACCUUCGCCUCCUCCCCUCUCUUCCUCGCCGGCGCCGUCCUCUCCUACCUCUCCCUCACCCUCCUCCUCUCCCGCCUCCUCCCGCCGCCCGCCCUCCGGCCCCACCUCCUCAAGCCCAUCACCGCCCUCCACAACCUCGCCCUCACCCUCCUCUCCCCUCGCCAUGGCCGUCGGAUGCGCCCUCUCCGCCGCCUCCCAGAUGCCCGACGCUCGCUGGGUCUUCUGCUUCCCGGCCGACACCCGGCCGGCCGGGCCCACCUUCUUCUGGGCCUACGUGUUCUACCUCUCCAAGAUGCUGGAGAUAAUGAGAAGAUGGCCGAGACAUGGUAA